AUGGCUGAUAUCUAUUCAAACUCAUACAUAAAUAUUGCGGCAUCGAAUGCUUCGCACUGUGGAGCGGGUUUCCUAGGACCACGGAAGAUGCCAUUGACCAAACGUAUCGAAAUUCACGACGACGAGGGCGAUCUGGAGCUGUACCUCGUUGCUCAACAAACGCGAAACAAUACAGAGAGAGAUCCACUGUACCAACGAGCCUGGGUUCUACAAGAGCAACUACUGCCAAAGCGUUCUAUACAUUUUGGAAGCGACAACAUGCUCUGGCGGUGCCCUAACGGCAUUGAACACGAAGAGCAAAACAAACAAUGGACACACCUGUACACUCUCAGUGCCGUGGUAACCUGCAUAGGUCUACCACCAGGUGUAUCGUUGGGACAAGAUGCCUGGUUUCAGCUGGUUCGGGACUACACCUCGAGAGGAAUUACCUACUCCAAAGACAAGUUCCCAGCCAUAUCAGGUGUCAUGACUGUUUUACGGCGCAUGACUGAUGACAUGAGUUACGCUGGACUCUGGAGGCGCAAUUUCCUCAAGUGGCUUUUGUGGAUACCUAAGCAUGAUAUUGCACCUUUUAAGCGGCCUCAUGACUGGGUAGCUCCUUCUUGGUCAUUCAUGUCUGGAGACGGUCCGGUAGACUACAACCUGGGAGCUCUCAAGGAUAACAUGAAUGCGUCGUUACGAGAGUUUUGCGCAACUCUCGAAGAGUGUAGUGUCACGCCCAAGGGUCUGAAUCCUCUCGGCGAGUUGACGGCUGGCUUCGCCCGAAUCACUGGUUCAGUAGUGGCUCUUGCUCAGAUAUCACAGAAUUCGGUACAACACACCUACUUCUCGUGCAGCGUUCAAAUGCGCGAUCGGAAGGCGCAUCCUGCGCGCGUUCUGUUCGAUGUCGACACCCACGAGCGCUGCGAUGUUCUGGUAAUUGCGCCAGCCUUUGGAAUAGCAAUCAUCUGCAAGAAUGAAGAGCGCAGCGAAUACGUACGGGUCGGACUGGUAGUAAUUCAAACAGUAGAUCUAAAUGAUGCGAAGGUCGAUUCGAGGCACUCGUAUCCGGAAGCAUCAGAUUACCCCGAGCCACGCUCGAUUGUGCUUCUCUAG